CGGAACAGGAAGUUGCGGGUUAGGAAGAGAAUAACUGAAGAAAAUGGCUCCAGAGAGAAAGCGCUCAGCGUUUCUCAGUUAUUCUCAAGGAGGUGUUUGCAAAAUGUGUCACAAAAUAUUCUUGCUCUUAUGGUUACUUCAUUUCGCCUCAGUUAACUCAGAUAUAACAGACGGCAACGCUGAGCACUUAAAGCGGGAGCAUUCACUCAUUAAACCAUAUCAAGGUGUUGGAACAAGCUCUUCAAGUCAAUGGGAUUUUUGGGGGAGUACUCUGGUGACCAGCCAAUAUGUACGCUUGACGCCUGAUGAACGUAGCAAGCAGGGUUCCAUUUGGAAUACAGUGCCCUGUUAUUUGAAAGACUGGGAGAUGCAUGUGCAGUUUAAAGUUCAUGGAUCAGGAAAGAAGAAUCUGCAUGGGGAUGGAAUUGCAAUUUGGUACACAAAAGAAAGAUUACAUCCUGGGCCAGUCUUUGGAAACCAAGACCAUUUUGUAGGCCUGGCUAUUUUUGUGGAUACUUUCCGCAAUGACCCCCACGGCAUGGAUCGUUCUUUUCCCUACAUUUCUGCAAUGGUGAGUAAUGGUUCUUUGGCAUAUGAUCAUGGAAAAGAUGGGCGCUCUACAGAGCUGGGGGGAUGCUCAGCUGAAAUCAGAAACAAAGACCACGACACAUAUCUUGCCAUUCGGUACUCCAAAGGCAGACUCACAAUUAUGGUUGACGUUGAUGACAGAAAUGAGUGGAAAGAAUGUAUUGAUAUUGGAGGAGUCCGUCUCCCUACAGGCUACUAUUUUGGAGCCUCUGCCGCAACUGGAGAUCUUUCUGACAACCAUGACAUCAUCUCUAUGAAAAUGUACCAACUGAUGGUAGAACACACUCCUGAGGAGGACAGCCAGGACUGGACUAAGAUUGAGCCCAGUGUCAGCCUGCUCAAGUCUCCAAAAGACAACAUUGAUGAUCCUACUGGUAGGAGCUGUGGUCUUUCAGAAAUGACAAGAGAGGAACAAGAGAUUUUACUAGACACAAACCUGAACAGGACAAUUUCAAAGAACUCUAUGGGUUGGAGACAAAUGUGAAAUUUUAGCAGUGGUGAAAAUGCGUAGUACUGAAGUGAACAAUUGGAAGAAUCAUCUAAGGUGUGUUUUGUAUGCUGGGAAAAUGGGGGGUGAAGGGUGACUUCAAUGACAAACAUGGAUUUUUUUUUCUGUUUUGUUUGUGGUUUCAGUAACAAUUAUUUGGCAGGUCGCACCAGUGUAUACAGCAAAAUACAUGCGAUCACACAUUUUGAACAGUUGAAGUAAAAAGAAAAAUACAAAAACAAUUGGAGGUCUUUUUGGUUCAAGUAGGCCCACAUGCUGUAUGACAAGUGAAUUCUCUGUUUAUCUCUGUCUGUCUGUGCAUACACAGACAGACAGAUGUUUUCAGUAGUAUAAUUUUAUUUUGAUUUUAUUUUGAUGUAAAUCAAAAAACAUUCAUUGCUUUUUUUAAAUCUGCACUUAUUUUCUUUCAGGUUAUGUUUCAUUAACGUCUGUUGGUUGUGAGGGGGAUUGUAGUACACUUCUCUUGAGAAAGAAAAGUGGUGAUCUGAGAAAAAGGUCUGAAAAAGAGGAUUCAAGUGGAUAAGGGAUUGAUCCCGGAUAAAAGCUACUGCCAUUUUGACUUUGAGUAAACAGCAUGUUUACUCAACAUUUACAGCAUGUUUCUCCAGGAUGAUAGUUCAGCUGGUUAAUGCAGAUUGCUUUUAGCAAAAGUGUUAGCUAAAUGAGUAUAAAAUAAGAUUAUAUUGUUAUCUUAAAAAUUAAAUCCAGUCUUUCACUUUCA